AUGAGUUCGACACUUGCUGUACUCGUCGUCAUCGCACAUCCGGACGAUGAAACGAUGUUUGCUGGUUUUCUUCAUGCAUUAACACAUAAAAUUGGAGCUAAUGUUGACCUCGUGUGUGUGACGAAUGGCGAGGGUGGAUAUCGACAUUCUGCUCCAGCAGAGUAUCUAUACGGUCAUUUACAAUUAUCUAGAGAAACUAUUGGAAGACAACACUUGCCACGUAUACGAAAACAAGAACUACUUGGUAGUGGAAGAAUCCUAGGUAUUCGGAAGAUCUUUUUCUAUGAUCAACUUGACUUAAAGUAUGACCGAGAUGUUGACGUUGUUUUUGCUGAUCAAUGGAAUAAAGGAGAGAUCAUUCAAAGACUCGAACAAACAAUUCGAACUGGAAAUGGAAACGAAGGUUAUGAUAUAAUGCUCAUUAUGUUACCAAGCAGUCAAUCGCAUGGCCAUCACACAGCAUCGGGUCUUAUCGCGUUAGAAACUAUUGAUCGUCUUCGACAAAAGCAAGAUUCUCAUAUCAAAGUUCCAACAGUGCUCGGCGCAUCAGAAUUUGUUGUUAACGAAACUCCGACGUAUCUAUCGAAUCGAUUAGCGUCUAUAUCUUCUCAAACACCGAAUGAAUUUUGUUUCGAUCGUACUUGGAAACUAAGUCCAACGAGUAACAUGUCUGACUAUCAAACGAUUGUUAUGUGGACAUGCAGUGAACACAAAUCGCAAUGUGGUCUGAUAACUGAAACAUUGACAUCGUACUCUCGAAGUCAAGAAAACUAUUUCUAUUUUUCUCUUAAUGAAGAACCUGAGCGACUUCCGCAGAUCGAAAAUCUAUUUAAACAACUAAAUGAAAUUCACCAAUAUUAG